AGAAAGUGAUUUUCGAAAAGUCAAGAUGCACAAUUUAAAAUUAAAUUUAACGAACUUAUAUACUAUAAUAUUUUUAUUUACCGCGUCAAUUGUUUUUCCUAAUAAUGCAGCUCCCUUAACAGAGGAUGAGAAUACAUCCGUCGAGCGAAUUAGUUACGAUCAGCGACAAACCGGGAAAUAUAAUAUACACGUGAGCAUCAAAGAUGUCGCAAUUAUUGAAAUCGGCAACGACGUUAUGGAUGAAACAUUAACUGAAGAAGACUAUUACUAUGAUGAAGGUGAUCUUACAGUUAAGCCAGGCCUUUUAAAUCCAACAUCAACUCCGAUAUCGAUAACGAAAUCAACAACAACAUCAACAUCCACAAAACCAACGAGAAAGCCAACAGCCGAGACGACAUCAGCGGCAAGUGUAAAUUCUACCACAUCGACAAUUAUUCAACCAACAGUAGACUCGAAUAAUAGUGGAAAUUUGACCUCAUCGACAAUUAUACCACCCACAAUAGACUCCAAUAAUUCUAAUGUAACCAAUAUAGUUUACAGUCGAAAUCUUUUGGCUGACAUUGCAGCAACACGUGCUGAAUAUUUUAAUACUACUUCAACUCCAUCUUUAGCUAAGAGAACCCCUAAUGUGGUUAUAUUGGAUGAUACUUCCAAGCAACACAACAGCCCUACAAGUACACAUAAGCCAAGAGCAACUAUUAAAACAUCAGGCCGUUCCAAAUAUGUACCAGGAGUGUUGAGCACUGAUUCCUUAGCAGAAAAACCUUUUAACGAUAAUAAUCUGCAAAUCCAAAAAACUGACGUACCAACAUCUAAACACGAUCAAACUCAAGGCACUCAAACUUCCCAACAAUCUUCGAUAUCGGAAGAUUACAGUGAUACUUUAGACCAUGAUGAUCACGAUUCAAAAAUUUUCACAUUUAAAGUGCGUCGUCCAAGCAAACAGAUCGGCACUCGAAAAGGCCUGUCUAUGUCCGGUAUGAGACGCACAUUUUGCCGAUCAAACCAGUAUCGCGACACAAGCGGCAAUUGCCGCGCUAAGCGUUCCUCUUCCAUUUUAAAGAAAUUAUUCAGCAUGUUGGCGUCUUUGCCUUUUGCCAGUGAGAAAAAAAAUCUCGACACUGCUUAAAAGUCCCAUUGUCAAAGUCUAACAAUGGCCUUUGCCUCAAUCAUAAACGC